UAAGUCACAAUAAAUCAACAACAGGAUUUCUAUCCACACAUUAUGUUAUGUGCAUUAAAUGCAAAAGAUCUUAAAUCACAACAGCAUUGUCUGUAAAGAUUGCCCUUUCUACGCUGCCAGCACACAUGUUGCUGACAAAUGUUGUGCAGUGGUUAGACUCCAACCAUAGGCUUCCGAGACAGGUUGGAAAAAAAGGAGUGAGAAUAAGCUGUAUGGAAGAAAAGGCCAUCGCUGUGUGAAGAAUGUUUCAGUAGCCAGUUAAAACUCUUCAGGUUGCCAUUCAGUGUCCAGCGUAAACGUCUACAGGGAUAGUCUCGACAAAACUACCUUUUCAGAGACUUUCCUAACUAAAAUUGGCCGGGGAAGAGAGGCGAAAGGCAGGCGAACAAAUGGAUAUCAAGUCAAUUUUUUUGUUUCUCUCUGUGUGUGGGCCGACUUGGGCCUUCACGUUGGACUUUGACUAUGGAGGCGUACCACUCUGGAUCAACCGUUUUUUGGGAGAGCCGAGCGUGUUGACUUUGAAAGAUCGGAUGGAUCCGGGCUGGUUUCGUGCUGUGAACGCACAAAGUUGUCCGCUGGAGUGUGACUGCCCAAUCCAGUGGCCAACAGCCCUUUAUUGUGACCACAGGGGCCUUAAACAGCUUCCCUCUGGCCUUCCGUCACGCACACAGUACCUUUUCCUCCAAGGGAAUGAUAUUACUUUCCUUGGAACGGAAGCGUUCGCCAAUGCCACCAACUUGCGCUGGUUGAUCUUGGAUCACAAUCAACUACUGAGUGAGCAACUCAAUAAUGUGUCGUUCUCCAAUCUGACCCGCUUGGUAAACCUUUUCAUAAACCAUAAUAAGCUGACAAAGGUGCCAGCCGGACUGCCUAGCGGACUCAAGCAACUGCGACUCGCAUAUAAUCACAUCGAAAAGAUUUCUGCAGGUGCUUUCCAAAAUUUGGGCAAUUUAACAGUACUUCUGUUACAAGGCAACCGCCUGAAGAUUAUUGAAGAGAGUGACUUAAAAGGUCUUGGAGGCCUCAACCUCUUGGAUCUCAGUCACAACCUCCUGGAUACUUUCCCCAAACAUCUGCCUCCAUCUAUCCAGCAGCUUUACCUAUCCAACAACUCUCUGACUGGCCUGACCGAGAACAGCCUUCAUGGUUUUAAUGGACUCCGUUACCUACGGCUCGGACACAACAAAUUGAGGAAUGAAGGGCUUGAACCUGGCGCCUUUAACCUCACAUCUCUGGUAGAGCUGGACCUUUCAUAUAACCAGCUGAAAGAAAUCCCAACAGUUCCCACCACCCUUCAGUACCUUUACCUUGAGGUUAACCAUAUCCAAGAGUUCAACGUGAGCAGUUUCUGCAGGACAGUAGGACCCACAUCAUAUUCACGUAUGAAGAUCCUGAGGCUGGACGGUAAUAAAUUGGAGUAUCACAAGCUACCUCCUGAUUGGGUGUUCUGCCUACGUGUCCUCCAUAACAUUUAUAUUUGAUCUAAUAAAAGCAGUCAUCACCAUGAGCGGUUUUACAUUUUCAUGCUUUUAAAAGGCUUUAAAAUUGCAUGCAAUAAUAUAUUAUAUUGUAAUAUAAUAUGUAUAUUUAGUCUGCAUUAGAAAGCAUGACAGUAGAAUUAAUUGAUUAGUAUUCAAGGUGCUAAUAUUUUGAAUAAGCAUGUUAUACAAUGUGUACAUUUUCUUAAAAUGUUUUAAUAUGAUUUUACUCUGGAUGUGUAUAUGGGCAGCCAUAUUUUGUUUUGAUGUACAGUGCAAGUCUUGUGCCUUGUUCCUAGUCUUCACUUCAAAUGUUCUAAGGAUAUAAUGAGAACUAGUCUGUUAAACAUAUGCAAAUACACUAAUGUUCAAAA